CACAAGUAUCAUAACAUUAGAUAUGGAUCUCACAACCACUCUCCUUCUCCUCACAACCUUCCUCUUCUUCCUAAUCAAACAAUGGACCAAACCAAAGCCCUCCAAACCCCACCCGAACCUGCCUCCGAGCCCGCCCAAGCUCCCGGGGAUUGGCCACAUCCACCUUUUAGUGGGAGAUCUCCCCCACAAAGCCCUGCAGCGCCAAGCAAAGAAACACGGCCCCGUGAUGCACCUCCAGCUCGGGGAGGUCCCCGCCGUGGUGAUCUCAUCACGGGAGGCCACAAAGGAGGUGCUCAAGGCGCAGGACCCGUCCUGCGCGGACCGGCCCGAGAGCAUCGCCAGCAAGAUCCUUUGGUACGACUACACCGACAUCGCAUUCUCCGCCUACAACGACUACUGGCGCCAGAUGCGGAAGAUCUGCAUCGUAGAGCUCCUCUCCUCGAAGAAUGUCAAGUCCUUCGGCUACAUCAGGCGGGACGAAUCGUCCCGCCUGAUGAAGUCUCUAGAAGCUUCUUCGGGAAAUGCGAUUGAUUUGACGGACAAAAUCUUCACCUUCACCAGCACCAUCACCUGCAGAGCUGCGUUCGGGAAGGUGAUGACCGAUCGCGAAGGCCUCAUUGCUCUGUUCAAGGAGGCCGUCGCCAUGGCCGGCGGUUUCGAGCUUGCUGAUCUCUUCCCGUCGUGGAAGCUCUUCAGCGUCCUCAGCUGGAGCAAAUAUAAACUGUGGAGAAUGCGCGGGAAGCUCGAUUUGAUUCUCGACGGAAUCAUCGACGAGCAUAAGCGGAAACAGAGCGGCGAAUUCGGCGGAGAAGACAUUGUCGACGUUCUGAUCAGGAUGCAGAAAACCGGAGAGCUCAAAUUCCCCAUCACUACCGACAACAUCAAAGCUGUGAUUUUCGACAUGUUCGUGGCGGGGACGGAGACGUCGUCGACGACGACGGUGUGGGCGAUGGCGGAGCUGCUGAGGAACCCGCACGUGAUGGAGAAGGCGAAGGCGGAGGUGCGGGGGGCGUUUCAGGGGAAGGCGGCGGUGGAGGAGAGCGACGUUCACGAGCUUAAAUACUUGAAGUUGGUGAUUAAAGAGACGUUCAGGCUGCACCCUCCGAUUCCGUUGCUGCCGCGGCAGACGAGAGAGGAAUGCAAGGCCGGUGGAUAUGCAAUUCCGAACAAAACGAAGGUGAUGUUCAACGUGUGGUCGAUGGGGCGGGAUGCGAAAUACUGGGACGAGCCGGAGGUGUUUCGGCCGGAGAGAUUCGAAAACAGCCCGAAGGAUUUUAUUGGGAAUGAUUUCGAGUACAUUCCGUUCGGGGCGGGCCGGAGGAUCUGCCCCGGGUUGAAUUUCGGGCUGGCGAAUAUUGAGCUGCCGUUGGCGAAAAUGCUGUACCAUUUCGACUGGAAGCUGCCGAAGGGAAUGACGAGUGAUGGUUUGGAUAUGAGUGAGGGAGAAGGCCUUACUGUUUCUAGAAAGGCACCGCUUAUCAUUAUUCCGCAGCUCUGCAAUCCUACCAACUAACCAUGGACCUCAUCAAUCUUUCAAUAAUUAUUUUCACUCUUCUGUUUUGAUUAAUUUCACUUUUCGUCUACUAUUUAUGUUUUUGUUUUCGUCUGUAAUUAUAUGGCGCUGGCCUUAAUAACGGCGGUACUUUUCAUCUCUCUAUAUAUAAAGGGAUUAUUAUUGCAUUCUUAUCUGUCAGCUCUCUGUGGAGAAAAUAACCAUAUGAUCAUGCAAUAAUGAGAAAUGCGCCUUUU